CGAAGGGAGUCACCGAAUCGGGACACGAGGAAGCAGAACGUAUGAGGCAGGAGGCUAGAGAAGCACGCGCCUCAGAAAAAGCAAGGAAGAAAGGUGAAGAGCGGCGAAAAGUUGCACGUUGAGAAGGAGCAGCGAGCAUUAAUGAAGAAGGAUGUGAAUAUGACGGUUGCUGUCAGGAUUAGCGAACUGGAAGACAACUGGUUUAAACGGUUGCCAGGCGUUAUUGGACCAUUGUACUCGGCGGUGAAGGAUUCUGGUAAGAAGAAGGUUACAUAUCGAUCUGACAUUGAAUCGCGGUCUGACUAUGAGAGCGAAGCGAGUGAUAUGAGCGUCACUCAAGAGCUAAGCGAGCAAGCGGCACAACUGCAGAUCUCGGAGAAGCAGAAACGAGGCUCGAAAGUUGUCGUUGAUGACAACCCUCCAAUGGAGAGGACCCCAAAGCGGACGCCGAAGCGAGGCAGACAAAAACCCGUGAAGCUAACGGCCCGCAUGACAAGAUCGAAGACGAGGCGAUCACCGGGCAGGACAACGCUGAACUUGAAGAAAACACAUGUGCGUGCUCCUACCGUUAGAUCACCAGUUAAGACUCCAUUGGCGGGACGUAGGACCCCCAAGACGUCGAAGCCUCGCAGAGAGAUGGCAGUAGUGCCUCCAGUAUGCACUCCCGGUACGCGCGGAGCACUGUCGAAGCCUCGCAAAGAGAUGGCAGUAGUGCCUCCAGUAUGCACUCCCGUUACGCGCAGAGCACUGGAGCGCCUACAGUAUCAUAACAAAGUUAUUGACGAAUUCAAGACCUUUGACGCGAUCGAAUUGCAGAAGGUUUGUAAGAAGGAAGGUGUCCCGUACAACCGGAAGAUCAAGUCGAUUUUUGAUACCACCGACAAGAGGGCCAUGCUGAGGUUCGGAGCCACGGUCUCGGCAGAGGCCGAGAUCAUUAGUAUUGACAAAUCCGCGACACCUACUGAAGGACCGGAUCGAGAUGCACCACCGGAAGUCGAGGAGGCGUGAGAACCGUUGGAGACGCUGCUAUGGCAACUUUGCAGAUGCAUUACCGAGUUGAGGGGGGAAUCGUAUUGUUUUGAUUC